AGUUACAAUCCAACAAAUAUCAUCAACUUUUAACUAUUACAUUCAUAAAAUGAAUAAUAAAUUAAUUUUUAUAUUCAUUAAAUUCAUUAAAAUGAUGUCAUUUUACUUAGAAUGAUUAAGUCGAUCAUACCGGUCAUACCGGUAGUUCAUGCUGAUUUCAUGACCGGCACAGGUUGAACCAGGUUCAACCGGGUGACAUGCCACCGACAUGACAACCAUGCAUGGAACUAUUUCCAGUCUUCAGCGUACAAGCCAUAUGAAUCAAAUUUGCAGUCUAGAUUCUCAACCUUGUCUUUAAGUUUGGAAAUAAUAACUCCAAUGCCUUUAUCCUUGAAUUUCCAUCAACAUGCUGAAUCUUCUCCUGAAUCUCCUUAUGAAUAUUGAUAUUGUAUGUUUUCUUCUUGGCCAAGAGGAAGAGGGGAGGCCUGGUGUAGCUGAUUGCCCAAUUCCCUUUUGCUUCGCAUGGUAUGCCUUCUCAUAGUUAUUCUGAGCGAAUACAAGGCAUGCCUUCUUGCUAAGAAGAAGCCGCUGAACUUAUUUAGGUUUAUCACUCAAAAGCGUAUUUGUUUCUCAAUCCGGGUUUGUUGCCAAACCCAUCUCCGUUACCCAGGGAUGUGGAUUGCUUCUCAAGAUCUGCAAUCUCAAUUUCGAGGCUUGUUUUAUACAUCCCCAUACCAUUCACAAGUCCCUCCAAUCCAAGAUGAGCCGCUGGCGGGAUUCCUUCAGCAAGGCAGCAGCCUCCUCCCCCUUCACUUCCAAGAGACUUCUUCUGCUCUCUAUCUCAGAGAGGAGUUUAUCCGUGUCAGAUUCGACGGUCAGAAGGUUAUCGACCAGGGUAUUAAUAACUGGGCUAAGAUCCAGAUCAACCAACGAUGAGAAUUGCGAAAACUCGGUAAGAGGAGGAGGAGGGCUUGCAGUUGGGGAAGAGCCUGAGGGAGUUCGGGCCAAGCCAAUCCUAGCAGAAGGUCGACCAUGCUUGGCCGCGGGUUCAAUGGGCUAUCUGACGCUGGAGAGGGAGCGGUCUUCACCUUCUUUGGUUGCAAACCUCCGGCGGAGAGAUCCGGAUUAGUCUUCCGUUUAUCGCCCCCGCCAGUUUGCAUUGGCAGUCCUCCGGAAGACUGCCCGCCGUGAGUUUCUAUUCCCAGUGCUCCGGAGGAGUGAUCGGAGUUCGUAUUCCGCUUAUUGCCGCCGCCGUCGGUUUCCAUGGCCAGCCUCCGAGAGAGUGUUCAGUUCUUGAGAAAUCGAACCCUAGUUUCCUUCCUUGCCCUUUCGCGAUCGAUCAAUAAACUGACCGUCGAAUCUGACACGGACAAACUUCUCUCUGAGAUAGAGAGCAGAAGAAGUCUCUUGGAAGUGAAGGGGAAGGAGGCUGCUGCCUUGCUGAAGGAAAUCCCGCCAGCGGCUCAUCUUGGAUUGGAGGGACUUGUGAAUGGUAUGGGAUGUAUAAAACAAGCCUGGAAACUGAGAUUGCAGAUUUUGAGAAGCAAUCCACAUCCCUGAUAACUGAGAUGGAUUUGGCAACAAACCGGGGUGGAGAAGCAAAUACGCUUUUGAGUGAUAAAGCUAAACAAGUUCAGCGACUUCUUCUUAGCAAGAAGGCACGUGCUUUUGAGUGAUAAAGCUAAACAAGUUCAGCGACUUCUUCUUAGCAAGAAGGCACGUCAUGUAUCCGCUCAGAAUAACUAUGAGAAGGCAUACCAUGAGAAGCAAAAGGGAAUUGGGCAAUCAGUUACACCAGACCUCCCCUCUUCCUCUGCUGGACAGCAGCUGCCACCACCACCGAUGAGGCUGGUUGGAAUCCUUCCGGGAAUGGAGGAGAUGGAUAAACUCCGUGAUGCUCCUGCACAAUGGAGCAUAAGGCUUCUCGCUAUUGAAUCAGAGAUGACCUGGCUGGAGAAGAAGCUUAAAGGAGAUAAGAGUGUCCAGACUGCAAAUUUGAUUCUUAUGGCUUGUACGCUGAAGACUGGAAAUAGCUCCAUGGCUCUCAUCCAAGAGCAUGGCAAGCUGGCCUUAGAUUCCCGUGAAGCAGAUGGUUUUCUGAAGAAGAUGCAGCAAAGACUUGGAAACUAUAAGAUGGCUUAUGAAGAUGGGAUGGCGAAGAAGAAUAACGAAGCAAGCCUGAAAACAGUUUAGAGAGAGGUAGGAAACAGGCAGGAGGAUGGUUUCCUUUUCUUAGGCUGAAGCUCUGUUAUCCUAGAAAUAACGUGAGUAUAGUUUCUUUGCAUUUUCUACUUUCUGCAUUUUGAAGCAAUUUGCCAAGGCUGGUUAAAAGGGACUUAGUGUGGAGAUAUAGUCCCACAAGGGAAGGUGCUUAAGUAGUACCAGAACUGCUAAAUAGAGGAUAACUUUUCAAUUUGUCACAAUGAAUGUUUGCCUUGCAAAGUCAUUGCUAGAUACGUGCUGCUGUUAUACAAAUGUUUGAGAAUGGUAGUUGUAGCUUUAGUUACUCUGUAUAGUUGUAUGGCAGUUCUGUUGAUGCAACUGCUUAUGCAGUCUGUUUCUUCGAGGAUCCUGGCUACAUUUGGCCAAGGAUGAGCUAAUAUGAAACAAGGAUUACUGGGGGGGGAAGAAGAUUUGGGUAUUGACAAGGAGGUCAUUUUUGCCUAAUAUACAUUUGAUAGUCAUGGUAUUUUCUCCUGCAAUGAUGAAAGGUUUGUUCCGGUAUUCUACCAAAUAAAUCUUUUCUAUGAAUUGGUCUAACUAUGCGAAUGAGUCAGGAAAAUAGAAUGCUCUUCUUUUG